UGCGACCUUUAUGAUCAUCGGCCGUAUGCUAUGCCCUCCCCUCCAUUGCUCUACCUGAAUGUUCCGCGCCGCAGUGAUGUAUACACACACCCAGGCAUAGAUAGACACAGCCAGGCUAACCUCUCUACUCUUGACAGCAACAUGCUUCUUCCUCGGCAUCCUCUUCGCCCAAUUCCCCUAUGACUUCCCUCUCCUGUGGACCUCGGACCCCGUCUCCCCAGCCUACUUCGACCAGCUGGAGCUACACCUCCAAUUCAUGCACCAGUCGCCGCCGCUAAUCGCGCGCAUCCUGCACAUCAUGAUCGGGACUGGAUUUCUAGGCUUCUUCAUCAAGCUCUUCCAGCCCUCGGAGAGCAACAUGCUCUUCGACGGUGCCUCGCUCGUGCUCUACCUCAUCGGCGUCGGCAUCUGGAUCGCCAACAUCGUCAAGGGCUUGCGCACCGUCAGCGCGGGGAUCUGGGACGACGAGUUGUUCACGGGGACACCGGUUGACGGGCCGCUCACGGGAGAGGUUAUCCUAGGACGCGAGGAUAGCUUGAAGGUUUUGGCGGCGAGCAAUACGAUUUUGGCGCUGGUGUUGGUGGGCGUGCUGGUGUUGCAGGCGGGCCAAUGGUAUGCGGAGCGCAAGGAUAAUGAGGAGAGGGAGAAGAUGGACCAGGUGGAUGCGGAUAAGAAGGCGGUGACGGGGGCUGCAAGUGGCGGCUCGCACUCCAAGAAGAAGCAGUGAGCUGAAGAGGGGACAGGGGAGUGGGGCGGGAGAGGGCGAAGCUUGAGGGUCCCAUGGCUGGCUCGGCUGGUUGACAUGUUUGAAGGGGAAGUUGGUUUGCGGAUGGUGGGAUUUCGUGUCAUACUUCUGGAUUGCAUUGUAGACUCGCCAUAUUACGGCGUGCGCUUAGCGCGAGUGUUCUGGGGAAGGAAAUGUAUGUAUGGUAUGCCUUGGAUUGUCACGCUUUUGAUUCCACACCGAGUUCGGUCGCUUGACGCAUCGGAUACAACACAACACUUCGAUAG